UCUCGUAGUUACAAGUGACCGCUUUAAGCAGUCAGAGUUAUUAUGUUACAACAAAUUCAACUUUUACUCUCACUCUCCAGUGACAUGACAGGUUAACUCAACAUGUCGAUUGAGAGCUUGAAAUCCUCAAAGUUCACCUUUCAGUCCUCUGUGCACAGUUCCCAUGUUCUGCAAUGUCUGAACGAGCAGAGGAAGAAAGAUCUCCUGUGCGAUUUGACUGUUGUGGCCGAGAACCUGAGUUUCCGAGCCCACCGUGCAGUUCUGGCCUCCUGUAGUGAUUUCUUUAGCGCCCGGGUGUCCAGUCAUACAACAGCUCAAGGCCUUGUCAUCAGCCUCCCUGAUGAGGUUACUGCAGGAGGAUUUGAACCCUUAUUGGAGUUUGCCUACACCUCAAAACUCAUCUUUACCAAAGAGAAUGUGCUGGAAAUUCGUAACUGCGCUACUGUCCUUGGUUUCAAGAACCUGGACAAAGCCUGCUUUGACUUCCUUCUCCCGAAGUUCUUUGACAGCAGCAGAAGUGGUUCAAAAGUCCAAAGGCAGCGAUGCUGCAAGACCAAAUGCUGCAUAUCACGAGAUGCUGAGUUGGGCUUUAUUAACAAAGAUGACAUCAGUGAUGAAGACAAAUUAUUACUCCAACCCUUACAGCUUCGGUUCAAAGAACCGGAGCCAUCUUGCCCACCUUCUGUGGCCAUUGAGGAUGUACCAGGAGACUGUCUAAAAGUUCAAAGUGAGAGUAACACAGACUACCCCCUCCUAUGCCCAAAGUACCGAAAGUUUCAAAUAGCUUGCGGGAAGGAGCGAUCUUGUCUGGAUGUGUGCGACUUGGAAACGGCCCCAGUGUCCCUUGUGAAGAAAGACGAGAACUGUCCCCUACCUUGCUUUCCUUGCUCAAGCAAUGGGGACUGCAAGGAGAUCUCAAUCUGCAGUAAAACAGCUCUCAAUGGUGAUGAAGAUUCGCUUCUUUCAGAAUGUUGUGCUCCAUCUGUUUGUGGCCCUUGCAGUCCUUGCAUGAAAAAGCCAUCAUUAACGAGCUGUAGGGAUUCAACAGAGUCCAUUUGUGUAUCAGGAGACUCGUCUAAACAGGGACUGCCCUUUUGCUCAGUCAUGAAUGAUGCAGAAAGUGCUGUUAUGAACAGUAACAUAGAGACUUGCUCUCUCGACCAAAGUAACACCCUGAGAAGUGAACAGAGAAGUAGUGAAGAAAUAGAGGUGGCCAAACAGCUCACGUUCUGGCCGGAGUGUCCCGCCCAGGGAUCUCCAUCUGGCUUGGUAGGGAAACCCUCAAACUUCAACUGUCUGAAGAGCUGGCACAUGGAUCCCAGAGCAAUCGAGUGUCCCUUCCUACAGGAUUUUGGUGCAGUGGGCGCACAACUACACGAUGGGGAGGGCGGAUCGACAUCACAAGGCAGUCCAUAUGUACCGUCUAACCAAUCAGGGGAGGAUUCUGAUAGUUUUGACACAGAGGGGGACAGUGAGUCUUACAGCAGUGAACGAGUAUGGGAGAUGGCGCUGCCGCUGUCUGUGGAGCAGAUCGUGUCUUUGAGCAGGAAUGACUUCCAGCAGAUGCUGAAGCAGCAGUGUUUUACUCGGGAGCAACUCGAAUUCGUGCACGACAUUCGCAGACGAAGCAAGAACCGUAUUGCAGCUCGACGCUGCCGCAAGCGAAAACUCGACUGCAUUCAUAACUUGGAGUGUGAAAUCGAGAAACUGAGGAGCGAGCGAGGGAAGCUCACAGCCGAGAGGAUGCAGUUGAAUCAGAUGAAGGUGAAGGCCUGGCAGACUUACUCAGGCCUGUAUGAGAGGGUCUGUGCUGAAGCUGCCCUUAGACCCGAACAGCUUCAGGUACUGGCCAAAUAUUCCUCUCCAGACUGCCCACUGUCUGCCUUCCUUUGCCCCUCCUCAAACCAUUCUCAGAGCACUUAGCUUCAGCAAGCUUCAGGACUUCCUUCAUACACCUGUUACUCUGAAGCCAAACCAUCACUUAGUUCCUCAAUGGAAUAUACUGGUGGUGUUGCACAAUCAAGCUUGCAAAACCUGUUACCUACAAGGCUUAAAGAUGGUCAGUCACAUUACAGUUCAACUGACACAUGGCCUUCCAAGAAAAGUGGGUGUUCGAUUGUGAAUCUCAGAACGGAUCUCAUCGGCAAGCAUGUAUCUGACUAAUAGCAAACUCAAAAUUUCUUUGUUGAAUAUGGACCACAGAAAAUCACCGAAGGACUUGGUCUUCAACUUAAAUUAACAGACUUUUUUAUAUGUCGUACAAACACACUGAAGGUGCAUUUAAGAAAUCACUACUAUUCCUUGUAUGAUCGUAUGUCGUACAUCUUAUGUUUUUUUUUACUGAAAUUCUGUUGACUGGCAUAUAUCAAAUUUAUAGUCUCAAUAAACAUGUCCUCCAAACAUCCUCACAGUCUCAUGGAAUCAGCCUCAAUCCACAGGAUCGUGAUCAUUUUUUGACUCAUGCACAACAAACAUGUUUGACAGCUAAUAAAGACAUUUUUAUUCUUCUCAGGGGACAUACUGGCUUUGGAUUAUACAGUGUUUGGACUAAACUGUGCUUUACUGUUUUCUAGCAGAAAAGAAAAUGCCUGUAUUUGCUGAAGCUGUUCCACUUUGAGCCCAGUCAGUAGAUAUUGAUAAGCACAUUUAUACUGUACAAAACCGGCAACAAAUAGACCAAUGAAUCUGGGAUCAAACGCUCAGGUGUUCAGUACUGCACAUGCUAUAGAGUCAGUAUUGAUUUACUGAAUUGUUGAUUUUAUGUAGUUGCGGACUAAAUGUUGUUUUCUAUCAGCUUGUUAUUUGUAAGCAAAAAUGGUUAUAUAUGUAAUGGUAUAUAUUCUGUUUUAGGAAAAAGGCAGAUCAUUUUUGAACUUGAUAUAAUUAUAUUUUAAUUAUUACACUCUUUCAUUGCUUGUCUUACUUGGGUCCAAAUUAAACAAAUAUCUAUUAAGUAGAAACAUAGUUAAUACAUUGUUAAUAAAUUGAUUGUGAAUCUAAUUGGACAGUUUUAUUCUCAAUUGUUUUGCUU